GGCAGGGGAAGGUUGACCUGCUGUUUGUAGGUGAACUGGCUUCUCUUCUCACACAUUCUAAUUCAUUUACUUUCCAACAAAACAACCACACGAUGAACCGUCUCAGUCAAGCUCCACCAAAGCCUUCAGCUCAGGCUGCUAAAGCAGCAGCUCCAGCUUUCAAACAGCAGCAGCAGCAGCAGCAGCAGCAUCCUGGAAGAAUACCCCUGGAAUUCAAAGAAGCUAUGCUUCAUAUCCCAGUGAAGCCAGCACAACACACCACAAAGAGGACAUUUGCUAUGGCUGCUCACUCAAAACCAGCCCAGAGACGUUCAGCGAAACCCUCUGAUGAUAAAUGGAAGUCUUCAUUUCAACUAUUAGGAGAUGAAAAUGACGCUGUGGACGAAAUCAAUGACAGUUCACAAAGGGCUGAGAUUUAUGAUCCUUAUGAUCCAUUCUCGUCAGACUCUGAGCAUGAGAUGCUACAGGCCCAAAACCGCAACCAGUCACCCCCUGAUAACGACAACCAACUGGAACGUCAGCGUUUGUCUCCAGGUCAAGACUGCCAGAAAAAACGCCGCUUUGCCUCCACCUUCAUUGAGUCAGUGGGCAUCAACAUGCAGGACCUGAUCCCUGAAACUGGACCGAGUGAGAGUCGAGAUCUCAAUCCAGAUCAUAGACUGCCUGAUCACAGACAGCCUGAUCACAGACAGCCUGAUCACAGACAGCCUGAUCACAGACAGCCUGAUCACAGACUGCCUGAUCACAGACUGCCUGAUCAUAGACAGUCUGAUCAUAGACAGCCUGAACGACAGGCUUAUAGCCCCAGCACUGAAUCACAUGACAAUCUAGGUUAUGACUCCAUGAGUAGACAUCAGGACCACGGAGUGGGUAGCCCUGACAGGCUCAUCCACGACUCCUCCACCCAGCACUUUCCUCCAUCCUAUGGAGAACAGCGGACCAAUGGGGAGGAGAGGAACAUAAUCCCGGAAUACAUGAGUGAGAUGACCAAAGUUAGAUUAUCCCCGCCCAGGCUACAGAGGGACUAUCCACUUCCGUCGGAAUCCAGGGGAACAGGUUCUACUGGAUUGGACCAUAUUCCACCUUCAUCAGAUGUGCCAAGAAUCAGGAAGUUGAGAAUGAUAAUGGACACUAUCCCCUGUGACAUCUCCUGUGAUCUUUGUGAUGUUGAGUUUAUCAAUGGCUUGGAGCUGGAGGAUCACUUGGAGAGCAACAGUCAUUGGGCUACCAUGGAGUUCAUCCAGCAGCAAAAUAACUAUGACGAUAUGACUAUAGCCUUCAUACAGGAAGUCAUGCUGCAUAAAAGCCAUCAGUGCGACCGAGCCAUGGAGAGUAGUGCACUUCAAGCUCUGCAGGAAAACGACCACAUGACAAAGAUUGAAAUGUUCCACUGUGCAGCUUGCAGUGUCUUCCUUUCCACAGCUGCUUCCUCAGUGCAGGCUCACAUCACCUCUCAGGAACACCUUGUCAACACCAAGGAUUGUCAGGUGGAGCAGAGACUUUCCUGCCUUGACAAAGCAGGAACCAUAAUGAAGAAGCUGAAACAUCAGUUCGAACACUUCCUGGAGGGUGGCAGCCCAUUUGAAUGAUGGAAUCAAUGAAAGUCUCCGAAAGACGGCUGAUGAAGAACUAUGAAGUUAAAGCACUAUCACCACCACCACAUGAAUGCUGCAUUUAUGAGGGGUUUAUUAUUGAGUCGUUCAGGAUUUGUCUGAAUAAAGAGACUCAUCUUGUAUCAAGGUUUGUUCACACCAUAUGGACUUUCUUGUCGCUUUGUUUACACAUUGUUUGUCUACAGUUCUCCUAGCAUCACCAUUUGAGCCUUCCAAGAGGACAGAGUGUGUAGUAUUAUUAAUUUACAGGUUGAAUGUUUUGUGAGAAAAAAAAGAUAGAAAAAGACAACUUGUUUCUUGUUUUCUUUUAUUUAGAACACAAAUGUUUUAAGCAUUGUAUCUGUGUGAUAUAGUACAUUUAAAAUUAAAUUAUUUUCAAAACAUUAUUCAAACAUUAAAUAUAGGUGACAUGUAUGAAGGGCAUGGUCAGCAUCAGCUGUGCUUUAACUCUUUUUUUUUUUUCUUAACAACCUUCAGUUUAAAUUUUGUAUUUGUACUAAAAACAAUGCAUUUACUGAAAUACUAUUUUAAAAAAACACUUUCUAUGCAUUACAAGUUUGUAGACAUUUUCUUUUUGUUCUCGCAGAGUAGCUCAUCUUCCACUCGGGAUUCUUGGAAAUGUUUAUUGUGAGUUUUCAGGUGCUGUCAUUUUCAGUUGGAAUAUUAAUCUCACUCACUCUGUGGCCUGGAAACAGAGACUGUGGGCUUGGACAUGUUGCAAUAGAAAAUAAACAUGAUUUUAAGCAUCUUUUAAAAAGUGAAAAAAAGAGAGGUGCUCCCAAAUUUUGACAAAAAUGGAAACCAUGAAAAAUCUGAGGUAAAGGUUGUCUUCAUUAGAAAUGGAUUCCACACUACAUUACUGCAUAAAACAAAAUGGUGUGUCCGUUGGAAGUGUAUUUCCAAAAAAUGAACCAUGUAAAAACUGAAAAAAAAGGUAACAUUAUCCAAAUAAUUAAAAACUAUCUGUCCAAACAUCUACAAUAUAUAUCCAUCAUUGAGCAAUGAUGUACUUUUAGCCAGUAUUUCGACUAAAAAAAAGAAAAAAGUGAAAACAUCCAAUGUACAUACACAUAGAGUCUAGUGAAAUCUAAAAGGUCCCCGUUGGCUUCAUGAGGCAGCAUGUGUGGCUGUCAGAGAGCUGUCUUGGUCAGUCUUGAGAGUUGAGGUGUCCGUGGGCAGCGAGGGCACCUCCACCAUGCCCAGCCCAGUGUGAGGGACACUAGUGUUCAUAAUGUGUCUCUGUAAGUGUUUAAUCCAGUCCUCCUGCACUGACAAGGGACCCUGGAAGACGAGGUCACAGAACCUGCAGAGUUAAAACAUUGAUAAAAAGAUAUUAUUACACAGCUUAGAUGAACACUCAAUUCUGAUUGGUCCUUUUGGAAAUUCAGCAGUCUGAUAUUUCUCGAUAGCAGACCGCUGUUAAGGAUAGUGGACUGUUGCUAAGGACGCACUGUUCAAGGGACCAUGUGCCACAGAACGAUGUCCAGUCACUUUUACGCUAGAAAACACAUCGUUUCCUGGUUCUCCAUCAGAAAAAAACAUUUGAAAUAUUUAUUUGUAUAUUUGUUUUUGAUUCAUAUUUGCUAAACUGUCCACAGUCCAAAGAAAAUAAAAAGGAACAAUAAAAAAUUGUGAUUUGGACAGUCACAGAAAACCUUGAUCAGUGCUGCCGUCAUCUCGAGUUACAUUGCUGUCGCCGCAGUUCCAGCCGUUGCUUCACAGAAGAAUUACACUUUUUUCUUAGCUGAAGCAAUACAAUAAUUGAAUACAAUCAAUUACCCGACAGGACUAUUUAAAACCCCUUUGCUCCUCUUUGGAGUACAUUCUUCACAAUAAUUGUUUUAUAGUUAAGAAAAAGGUUGGCAACAGAAGCAAACAGAACCCAAACAUAUUUUGACAUCGGUCCAACAUACUGUUGGAUUGCAAACACGUUGAUGUAUGCUAUUAAAAAAUAGUAUCAGUAUAUUCUAAACUUUGCACAAACAUUACCUGCAGGUGAGUCUGUACAUUUCCUCUGGAGUUUGUGGUAAGGGCAGUAUCUUCUUCUUUGAGCCAGGCCUUGAGCGAUGCCUCCUUGCUUUACAGUCAAAUGCUGAGAGACAGAACAAACUUUAUUAAUCAUCAGCACUACCCUUGAUAAUUUAACAUCCAAACGGGAUGUGUGGACAUAUAUUAUCUCUCUCUUUAUUCAUAAUUAAUAUUCUGGCUCUGUGUCUCUGUGUCAGUUUUGGCCAAUCCAGUGUCACUAGGACCAAAAGCCUAACACAUAAGUUUAAUUAUCUGUGUCUGCAGGAAAAGUAAGCCCUUAAGGCUUUCCGUUUCAAAAAGGUUGUUCCUCCAAUGGAUGCAUCCAUGAAGCUCCACAAUUAAAACCAAUGCUAGGUUGGUGUUAGAGGAAAAACAAACUAUAGCUAGACAGUAUGAUUAGAAAAACUGAUUAUUUUGAAAUUUUAGAAAAUAGUUUUAGGAGGAAGGACAUUUUUUAACACGUUUUGUCUAAACGAUAUAAAUGAUGUGCUUUGCUGGGAAACAGUUCAUAUAGGCAUAACUGUUUAAGUAAAAUCUCAACGGGUUAUCUUUAAAAAAAAGUUGAUCUAAUGUAUUUGUACCUAUAGCAUAUGGUCACACUGACUUUUGGGUCAGUUUUGAAAAAAUGUCCACUCAAAGAAUUCCAAAAAUUCUAUCCCUAACACCGUUCUGACAAAUCUAUAUUGCCAGUGCUCAAGUACAUGGAUUAGCAACAAGGAUGUGAUCCUUCAUUGGAUGUCCUACCUCCCAAAUACUGACAAUUGUAUUCAUUAGAACGGAAAACCAAGCCAGAGACACUACCCUCAGGAGUGAAACCUGAGGUCUCUACGGAGAUGGAUGGGAACAUUAACAACUGCAUACCAAAGACCAAAGUAUUAAUUUGAGUAAUGGUUUCACCUCCACACUGGCAAAUACUGUUCUAAAAAUAUAUAUACAUGAUCAAAAUGACCAACCUGUGCUCUAAAAAUGGCUGUUCAUUAUGUCUUCAACUUAAUCUGUUGCUGAUUGCGCUUACCGGUUCCGUCAAGUAAGGCAUUCCUUUUUCGCUUUGCAUAUGCCCGCAGGUGAUUAGACAAGCUAACACCACUGUGGAAAGUUGCAUUGCAAUGGACACACAUUUUCCUAUUGAAUUCACCUUUCUCUGUAAAAACAGAAAAAAUACAAAGACAAACAAAUAAGUUAACAUGGUCAUGCUGAUUUGUUAUUGGUAUUGAAUUGUAGGAUUUAUCAACAAAAGGUCCUUCCACUCCUUUCUGUGGCAAAGUUAGGAAUCUCAAUCCAAUCAUGUAAGAUUAAUAACAUGUAUAGAAACUGUCCUAUCCUAUUGUUCAAAACCCUGCAUGCGUAAUUACUGCUAUUAAAGUUUCAAGACAGAAAUAA